CAGGCAGCGCCCGCGUGUGCAGAUGACGCAGUUCCGCCAUCUUGGCUCCGAGGCUGCGGUAGCUAGCUGUUAGCUGUUAGCUCGGUAAACGCGUCGUCGGGUUGUGAUUCUGCUUCUGAUUUUGUUUCCGUGAGAUUAACGUGAAAGUUGUUCCGGUUCCUCGGGUCUGAACCUGAAACGUGAACCCGCGUUGGGGCGAGUGAUGGACGGGGAAGAGGACGACUUCAUGUCCGGGAGCCGCUCCGAUGACGGCGGUGGCACUCCGGUUCAGGAUGAACACCCGGCGUCAGACGGCGAGGACGUGAGGAGCGACAGACACGAGUCUGAGGACGAGGGCAGCAAUGAGGAGGACGCCCCCCACGCCAUGGAGACCAGCGGGGCCGCCAGCGGCUCUGACAACGAGGACGGCAGAAGGGCCGACAGCGACUCAGAGGGCGAGGCCCCCAGGGGCCACAAUGAAGACGACAAGAGUGACUCGGAGGUCGAGGCUCCUCGUCCUGCAGACAGUGACGGAGACUCCCCGGUCAAACACAGGAUGAGCGGUUCAGACCACGAGGAUUCGUCACCGGUCAAACACAGAGCGUCAGAUCAUGAGGAGGGGGAGGGGUCGUCCCCACUUAAACGCAGAGGGAGCAGCUCGGACAAGGAGGAGGGGGAGGACCGUCCCAAAGCGGCCGCAGACAGCGACUCAGAGAACGAGGACGCCAAACCUGCUGCGUCCAACCGGUCCAAUGCCGACAGUGACUCUGACACAGAGGCGCCCGCCAGACGAAAGGCGGCACAGAUAGACUCUGAUGAGGAGGAAGAGGGGGAGGAAGGGAAACAGGAGGAAGUGGGAGGAGGAGGGAAGUGGAAAGCUGUGAUGCAGUCUGACAGUGAGGACGAGGAGGAGGGAGGAAGGAGGAAGGCUGCAGCAGGAAGUGAUGGAGAGAAGCAGGAGGAGGAGCAGAGAGACGAGAGCGACGACGAGAAGCCAGUGAAGAGGAAGAAGGCGAUCCUGUCAGACAGUGAGGAUGAGGAUGAGGAGAAAGCAGAUAAACCAGCAGUGAAAAGGAGUCGGGCGGUGUCGGACGAUGAAGAAAACUCGGACAGCGACGCGGCGUCGGGCGGACCUGAUAAGAGUCUGGCGGCUAAACUGAGGGAGCUCGGCUCCGACAGCGGCAGCGAGGACGAGAGCUCGAAGGCCGCGGCAGGGAAGAAGGAUGAGAAGGCGCUGUUCGGCAGCGACAGCGAAUCCGGAGACGAGGAGGAGAAAAUGAUCGCAGACAUCUUCGGAGAGUCUGGAGACGAGGAGGAGGAAGAGUUCACGGGUUUCAACCAGGAGGACCUGGAGGGAGAGAAGCAACAGGCCAAAGAGAAGAAGCAGCAGCUGCAGGAGGAGUCCGACUCAGACGAGGGAGUCGACCGCAGCGGCCAAGA